UGGAUCUGCACUGAGUUGGAUGAUGGUGCUUUUACUUUUUCAUUUAGCAAUCAGUCAUAAUAUGCCCUUAAAUAGAUAUUUUUAUCACAAUAACAAAAAUGGAAGUAGUAACAUACGCGUAUGCAAAGGUAGUUUAAUUGAAAGAACCAAGAAAAUGGCAGCCAACCUAGAAAGUGCAAUUAGAAAAAUAAAAGAUACAACCCAAGAGUUCGGUAAAAAUAUUUCAGCCAGAUGCUUCUUAAAUGACGAAGAUCGUAAGCAAUAUGAACAAUUAGUUAUCAGGAAAAAGUAUCCAUACUUGGACUUUAAGGACUUGGAAAUGAAAUUAAACCCUACGAAUAAACACGUUAGGCAUAAUGAAGCUGUUCACGAAAUAUCUUCUUUUAAUGAGGCGAACGCUUGUGAAGCGAAUGACGAAUCCAUCAGUGUUGAAAUAUUCAACAGAGGGCUUUCUGGAGUCUCCAUACCCAAUAAAAACACGGGACCUUUCGAAUUUUCUAUUAAAAACGUAAAGGAAGUAGAAAAUCUAAGCGAAAAAACCUCCGAGUCUGUUUUAGAUACCUUGAAAAUAGAUAUUGAUGAAUAUUUAAAACGUAAAGGAUUUGAUCUUACUUAGGGCAUAAAGCUAAAAAGUUAAAAAAAAUAAUUUGUUUUGAAUUCUUAGGUGUGAUAAGUAUCUGUAUUUAUAGUCACUAUGGAGAAGCAUAUUUUUUUUAUUAUCCUACCUAUAAUUGCAUAAAAGUACAAAACGGGCUACCGUCUAGGUGAAGACGCAACAUGUGGCCCACGUAAGUACUUCUGUUUCAGGUGUUUCAUGUUCUACAUAUGUUUUUUCAAUAUACCUACUCUAUUAAGAACUUUAUUGUUGAGAUCUUCUGGAUCGAGUCUAUUGAAGCAUGCGAUGAUAACACCACAUUUGAAAUUCUUUUAUGCGCCGGGGGGUAUUUUUCUUUCAUUAUUCCAGCUUCACACCCGUACAGUGUUUCUUUAAUAAGUUCUCGGUUAUUAAUACUUUAACUUUCUUCAUUUUGUUGAUAGAUCAUCGGGCAACUCCUAUUCGGGGCCUAAUUUCCUGAUAAGGAUUUCACUCGUUUGUUACCUAAGUUCCUAAAUACUUGUAUUGUCAUACUUGUUUCAGCAUCUUUACAACAACAGAUAGAUUAGGCCUUAAGAUGUCGUUUCGAGAAAUGACCAUCACCUGCGUCUCUACUGCUUUAAUAGAGAGACCGUCUCCUUCACUAGUUUCAUGAAAACUAUAAUUUUAAAUUUGGGAAUCGUCCAUUGAUAGGCUAUUAAAACAGUGUGUUGUCUGCAUAACGAAUGUUGUUAGUGAUAUUUCCGUUAACUUUAACUCCAACCUCUCAACCCUCAAUGACUGGUGAUAUUUGCUUCGGAAUAUACAUUAAAUAGCAACGGAGACAAUAUAAAACAACCACAGAACACCACGGUAAAUACUGAUCUCAUAGGUUUUCUUGUGAUGUAAUCAAGCUUACAGUUUUGGUCUUUGUAUAGUGUAAUGCACAGUACGUUUAUAUUGUAUUGCCCCAUAGUGUGAUGUGUUGGUCGUAGCAGUGGUUUCUAUUUUCUAGUGUUAUAGGUAUAAGUGCUUGUGUAUAAAACCAUUUCCAGUAUUACACGUUAUCAUAUCUACAAACAAUAAUAGUGUAAGCUUAGUCAAUAUCGAUAACACAUUUUAUUGUGAAAUUCCUAUAAGCUGGAGUAGGCAUUUAUCGUAAAUAUGAUUUAGAACUAGACAUAUUGCUGACUGCUGUCAUUUUGACUUAACCGUUA